UAACAUUUGUAAGAAAGCCUAUUCAUAGUUUCACGUUCAUCAAAGAAGCCUGAGCAUCAAGCACAAGCAGAGGGGGAAGGAGCAAAAAUGUCAGGCGGUAUAGCGCGUGGUCGUCUCGCCGAGGAGCGCAAAACCUGGAGGAAGAAUCACCCUCAUGGUUUUGUAGCGAAGCCGGAGACCGGUGCGGAUGGGUCCGUCAAUUUGAUGGUUUGGCAUUGCGUUAUCCCUGGUAAAACAGGGACUGACUGGGAAGGCGGCUACUAUCCACUCACGAUGCAUUUUAGUGAAGACUAUCCAAGCAAGCCCCCAAAAUGCAAGUUUCCUCCAGGCUUCUUCCAUCCUAAUGUGUAUCCAUCUGGAACUGUAUGCCUGUCUAUUCUCAACGAGGAUAGUGGUUGGAGGCCAGCUAUUACAGUGAAGCAAAUUGUAGUGGGUAUCCAAGAUUUGUUGGAUCAGCCAAACCCCAAUGAUCCUGCACAAACCGAUGGCUACCAGCUAUUCAUUCAGGAAACAGGGGAGUACAAGAAAAGGGUCAAGCAGCAGGCCAAGCAAUACCCGACUAUUAUCUAGUACUCUUGUGGUAUUGUUGUUAUAUACUCCGUAUUUUGUAAGUAUAUUAGACAGACAUAACUGUUGCUUGGUUGUUAGAAAGAGACAUUUGCAGUCCUCAAAUGAAUAGUGUCACCAUUCUGCAAAAAACUUGAUCUUGUCUCUGACUAAGGUUUGAAAGUGCAUAUGUUAGAUCUGCAACUUAUCCUAUGUUUUGAUUGCUUUGAAUACCUCAAUCUCAAGGACAUUGUCAUGUCUUUUA